GCUUCUUUCGGAUGAUCUCUGCAAUCCUUCUUAACCGGCCAAAGAUCUGCCACCAUGCCAGCCACUUGGAUUGCACUCAGCAGGCAAAGUUGGCAGAUCUUUGUCAACUCUCCCUGAUCUCUGGAAAAGCCUUUGAAAGCUUUUCUAGACUUACGCCAGAGGCAUGUGGCGGUGAUCCAUUGGAGGUUUCUUUGAAAGCGCACGGAUGCAGAGCUUGAGGUGCAGGAUCUUGCCAGAUGGGCUUCAACUGAAGCCUAGGAAGCCUGAGAUUGCUCAAGUUGACACAAAAAGCCUUUAACCUCCAAAAGUAUUCCAAAGUGCAGGUGGAGUUCACGUCUCUCGAAUGUUAGUGCUUGAUUGGACGUGGCUCAAGGAGGCAAUUCAACAGGGAACAGGUUCACAAUUCACUUAUCAGAGCCUCCAAGCUUUGCCUCCAAUUUCUUGGACAGGCUGGCCGCCUUCCUUUUUCUUUUGUGAAGCCAUUCUCUGCACAGUGACCAUGGGGCCAACAUUGCCGCUUCCUAUGGAAGGUGGCGACAGAGUUGUCAUCAAGAAGACAUUCAUCGAAGUGGAGGAUGACGCGACUCCAACAGGUCUUCCAGCAACGUACAACUCAGACUCUGUGAUUUGGUCACGCUUUAAGCGGCAGGUGAGCCCUAUGAGCACCAGCCAGGAGCAGCCAUCACCUCCCAAGGUACCUCCGGUGGAGAUGGCUCCAAGAGAGCCGCAGCCUCUUCUGUCAAGCCUGAACAAGAAGGAGCGCCUGAGCCGUAGCUCCGUCUCAACCGACGACACGGAUACUGACGCUUGCGAGAGACCUGAACAUGCCGAGCAAGGUUUGGUGCUGAUGAGGCUGCGGGAGCCCUCACCUGAGACACUGGACGCAGCAAUGAACUUGGCAGUGACUCAAGCCUCACAAGCGCUGGAUGCAGCUGGCAUCACGUUGGAGAGGCAGCCCUUGGACGAGCUACUGCAGAAGAUCUCAGCUGCAGAGCCUCGACCUGUCUCGCUGCUUGAAGCGGUCGGUGCGGUUGGGGAAUCUCCUAGAAGUGGUGCUUUUGUUGGUGAGACCACUGUGAUGCUCCGGAAUUUGCCGAACAAUUACUCGCGAAACAUGGUUUGUGCGAUGAUGGACAAGGAGGGCUUCCAUGGAAAAUACGACUUUCUUUACCUUCCCAUUGACUUUCGUUCCAAAGCCAGUUUGGGCUAUGCCUUUGUGAACCUCAUCAACGCGGUUGAGGCCAAUAAUUUUUGGAAGACUUUUGAUGGCUUCACCAAAUGGGUGCUGCCUAGUGCCAAGGUCUGCUCAGUGAGCUGGAGUGGUCCACACCAGGGACAAGAGUCGCAUGUGGAGCGCUACAGGGACAGCCCCAUUAUGCACGGAAGCGUUCCAGACGAGUUCAAGCCAGUGAUCUUCGAAGCAGGCACUGGGCGACGCCUGGACUUCCCACUGCCGUCGCGAAAGCUCCGUGCACCCCGGCGACGCCCUGCGACCCUGAAGUGAGCAGAAGAUGCUUCACAUCAGGAUGCCCAAUGCAUCGGUUCCACUUCUUCUCACGCCCAAUCUUGAACUGUGUUUGAUGAGGCCGUUCUGACUAGGCCGUGCUUUUAACACAGGUACAAGUGCGGUGUUUGUACAGGUUUCCUGGGAGCUUUGAAGGGAAGCUCGUCCGGGACAACAGUUUUUAAAUUCUUUAUUUCACGCAAUGCAAAGGACGUUAGACCCUUGCGUGUGUGCCUUGGCCAUUUGAUGGAAGACUCAUUCAGGGGAAGCUCGAGUAAGCAUGCCGUGCUUGAGUACAAUGGCCCAUGGAGAAUCUUCAUACAGUGGAUGCAUGAUACUCAUGGGCUUUGACACAGGGCGCUACAUUCUAGG